AUGUUUCUUGGCAAGGUCGCCCCAUCGCAACUCGGCCCCGAGCACGCUGAUUGGACCGAGGGGCUGGCGUUUGCCGCCCGCGGCAGUGAUGUGCUCUGGCUCCAGGCCCAGCCCGUCCAGUCACAACGCGGGGGCGCUGUGGCAGGACGGGGGAGGCUCGCUGAGCCAUCAACACCGGAGAGCCACAAGCCGGCGACUCGAGGCGCCGACCACGUCUCCCCCAGCAGCAGGGCCCCAGCUCUCGCUGCUUGUCGCAAAAGGCAUCACGAGAGCCAGGUCACGCGCACGGGCAGGUCGCUCGGUCAUGUGACUCUGCAGCAGAAGACGUCACCAAAUCCGGCCGAAAUCUGGGGAGGACAUUCGCCAAUCUGCCCUGGCUGGGCUGGCGCCGUUGCGACGACACGACAUGCCGUCAACGUCAAAGCCCGGAGCCUCGCUGCCGACCCAAUCAUCCCGACUGCGGCAGACUGCUGA